AUGGAUACUUACCCGGAGACUCUAGUCAAACAUUUCACGGAUCAGGGAUCGGACCAUCGUGCCCUUCUCCUUGCUGAUAAACCAUAUGUUGGUACUAGUCGGCCUCUUUUACGUUUUGAUGCCUGUUGGGAGGAUAAUCCGGAGGUGAGGGCCAUGGUCAACUAUGUCUGGCAGGAGGAGGUCCAAGGCACCCCUGUGUUUCGACUUUGGGAACGCCUAAAAAAACUCCGUCAUCUGCUAUAUGAUUGGAGUAGGGCGGGCACUACUAACUCCCUGCGUAAUAUCAAGACGCUCCAAGCGGAGAUUGAUAGGAUAAAAUCGAUUCAUCCGGUGGAUUGGGAUGCGAUCAGAACCCUGGAAACGGAGCUCUCCCUGUAG